GGAGCAAUAUUUAAAUAAGAUGUACAACUCAUGAUGUUUCAAAUUAGUAAGUACGCUCUGAUCAUCAACAACGAGAUUUCCGAAAACAAUUUGUAAACAUUAAUUUGGAGAGACGCAAGUGUCGUAGAAGCAAAAAUCACACGCGAAGAUGGAUCUUAAAUUACGUUUGUUACUUGUGUUUGUUGUCGUCAGCAUAUUAACUCAUAAGAUCACAGCUCAUCGACCAGAACUUUGCAUGUUGCCCGUGGAAAAAGGUAAUUGCAGAGCAUAUAUAACAAGAUACGCAUACAAUUCAGCUGCAGGACAAUGCGAACGAUUCAUAUAUACUGGUUGUGGUGCAAAUGCAAACAAUUUUAAGAGUAUGGCCGUGUGCGAGGAGACAUGUGUACAUAUAUAAUGAUGGAUAAAAGUGCUGAACAAGAAAUUUGUUAACUCCAAGGGUUCAAUAAGGAAUUAUUAUACUCUUUAUUUUCUUUAGUAAUAAAAGUUACAAUAGUUUCUUAUAUAAUUAAAUCUAAUUAAACGCACCAUGAAUACGUAUCAGAAAACAUAA